AUGCGACAGUCUCUACGGCGAAAGUCUUGCAGUGCUUGCGCACGCUCCAAGCGUCGCUGCAGCCUCAGUGCUCCCAGUUGCAGUCGCUGCGCAGCGAAAGGCAUGGAAUGCUCGUAUCCCACCUUCACAGCUGUGCCGCCUCCGCUCCCAAGUGCCUCUGGCAGCCCUCUCAGCGAUUCAAUUGACGAUGCUUUGCUUUCUCUUCAGAUACCCUCAUUCAUCUCCACGACUGAAGCAUAUGGCAUGCAGCUCGACUCUGCGGAAUAUCCUCCCCAUACAGCAAACGAUUUUACAGCGCGCGCAGAAUUCUUGGCUCAUUUGAUGUCAUUGCAGUCCACGGCACUGGCUGAGAAGGGGUUCAAUGUAUUCAUUCAUCCGUCGCAGACUCUUGCUUCAGAUGCGUUACGCGACGCGUUAGCUGGCAGUGCUCUACACGCCGUGCGCAAUCCUUCCAACGCGCGCUUCGUCGAUUCUGAGAUUACAAGGCGCGCCUCGCACAUUGUCGCGGUCUUAUAUGCGGCGUCGAUAAGCGACGAUACUGUCGACUUGCGAAUGCUUCCUUCGGUCCAAGCACUUCUUAUCUAUCAAUGCAUGCGACUGUUCUCGCCAGGCAGCAUCAGUCAACAGGCGCAGGCGGAACGCGAUAACAUUGUUCUUCAGAUUUGGGCAUCGCGUUUACAAUUAUUGUUGGCUUGUGAUGACGAGCUCACGGAAGCGAGCUGGGAGUUUUGGGUUGAGAAAGAAGCCAUCCGUCGCACAUUAAUAUGCAUAGAGCUUGCGCAAGGCACCUACACGUAUCUUCGUGGAAACUGGCCCAUCGGUGUUCGAUGUCAUCACGACCUAAGGUUUAAUGCACAAAAGGCCCUUUGGGAAGCCAAGUCAGCUGCAGAAUGGCAUCUUGUGUCUGACGAUUCCGCGCAUCCCUCGCUGCCAUGCAACAUGCUUCGCUUACAUAAAGACAUUCGCGACGCAAUGCCUGGUGACUUGGAUGAUAUAGGGGUUCUAUUGCGAGCUGCGGGUGAAGGGCUUGAGAACAUGAAUACCUGGCUUCGUCACGAUAAAGAAGCCUUGCAGCGAUGGGGCCAGGUCGGUGUAUGA